AAUGAACUUUUUCUAUUUUUAUGAAAGCGAACCCUCUUUCUCCGCGUUCACUCAGCGAUAUUAGAGCGUUCCCAAGCAGAAACGAGGGACCGCCGAUCCGUUAUUCCGGUCUUAUCGCACAACACAUGUUCCUCCGUCAUCGCUUAGUUCUGUGGCGUAAGGACCCGUCGGAAAAGGAAGAAUUGCUCGGGGCCACAGUGUAUGAACUCAUCGUUUGUCAAUGUUUCAAGAUGGCGGACUCGAACGAAAAGUUGUUGGCGGAACUCCUCAAAAAGCCUGGGAACAACGUGUGCGCGGAUUGUGGGGCCAAGAGUGAAUCCAGAAUGGGCGUCAUACAACAUAGGCAUAUUUGUUUGCACAAGAUGCGCAGGUGUGCACAGAUCUAUGGGAGCCCAUAUUUCAAAAGUGAAGCACUUGAAAUUAGACAGGUGGGAGGAUUCACAGGUGAACAGAAUACGUGAGGUGGGCAAUGCCGCUGCGAGACUGCACUAUGAGGAGCGUGUGCCUUCUUGCUAUCGCAGACCAAGCCCAGAUGCCCCGCAAGUUCUAGUUGAACAAUGGAUUAGAGCAAAAUAUGAGAGGGAAGAAUUUUGUCAUCCCGAGAGACAGAAUCACUACGUGUCAGGAUUCAUGGAAGGAUUUCUAAUGAAAAGAGGAAAAGAAGAUUCGCGUUAUCACCCUCGAAAAUUUGUGCUCUGCGAGGCGGAAGAUACGCUUAAGUACCACGUAAAAGAGAACAAGGAACCCAAAGCUGUUUUAAGAAUAUCAGAAUUAAACGUCGCGUUUGCGCCACCCAAAACCGGCAAUCAGAAUAGUCUUCAGCUAUCCUUUAUGAAGGAUGGCACAACAAGACAUAUCUAUGUGUAUCACGAGGACCCAGAAGUAAUAACAAAUUGGUAUCUUGCUAUCAGAUGUGCAAAGCUGCACCGUUUACAGGUGGCCUAUCCGGGUGCUAGCGAAAACGAGCUGUUGCAACAACUUGCAAGAGACUUUCCCCGAGAAGGUUUUCUAUGGAAAACCGGUCCAAGGCAUACAGAUGCUUAUAAAAAAAGAUGGUUUACAUUAGACGGUAGAAAACUCAUGUAUCAUGAUGAUCCUAUGGACGCACAUCCAAAAGGUGAAAUCUUUCUGGGACACAGUUCUGAAGGUUUUGCUGUUAAAACAGGUGUACCGCCGGGUGCUAGAGAUCAAGGAUUUUCGUUUACUCUUGAAACACCUGAUAGGACUUACUUGCUUUCGGCGCAAAGCGAAGACGACAGAUCCCAGUGGAUUAACGUGAUCCAAAAAGUGAUCGAUAAACCAUUAACGCCACAAGAUGCAACCGUAGCGGCAAGACUCGUAAGAAAACGCACAGCUAGCGGAACAAUGAAUAUAUUUUCGUCUACAAGAUAAAGAUGGAUUCCUCUUAGACGUCUUUCUUAAAUUGUUCAAUUGGUAAUUUAUAUACGAUUGAUUCGUAUUAUUGAAAAAUAGGCGAGAUAUAUAUGACUCAGUAACGCGUGAAAGGGCACGCAAAGGCUGCCCAGGCAAUUUAUUCAGCGUUUUGCUGUUGGGUCGUGUAUUUAUUCGUAUAUCUGCACAUGAUAAAAAAAAUGCGGUUUACAUACAGAAAUUAUAUAUAUAUAUAUAUAUAUAUUGUUACGCCCGCGGAGGCGAGACGACACUAUCACUGGCCAACUGAGAUUCACACGCGCGUUCACGGCGAAGAAGAAGCGCGGUUUCUCUCUCUCAAAACACUUUAUUACAACAGAAUACAAAUCGUAUCAGGACGAAUCGUCGAAGCGCGACGUGACAGCUCUCCGUUGCAAUUCUUCUUAAACAAACUCGCGAGUCGCCCGGCGGCAACGAACAGAGUCGCGCCGUUCACGCGGCUCCCGCGACGCGGGGUGACCGCCGCGUAACAAUAUAUAUAUAUACAUAUAAGACUGCUCGAAGACGAUAACGAACGCGGAUGAACUGCACUCCAAUCCUCGAUAAAAAAAAAAAAAAAAUAAAAUAAAAUAAAUAAAUAAACACAUUUGUAUUAAAAUCAAUGCUUGUGCGCCACUUGCUGUCGAAAUAAACACAGGAGCAAGCGGAAUCCUAACAGUAUUGCAAGGAAGGUUUUACUUAGCAAUAAUAUCGCAUGUGAUACUUGUCUCUGACAAUGUACCUCGUUGUGUGGAGCACUACCGAGAGAAAACUUCCGUAUGUUUGAUUUUUUUUUUUCCCCCGGCUACAGAACAAUCUAUUGGACAACAGCGAGGUUGGCUUGACGUGGACACAUACAUUUGUAAAAAACAAAUUAUCUGCCACACACGGAAGAGUCCGUACGACUCAAAUCGUCGGGACUGAAAAUAAACUCGUAUCAACAUUUCUCUUAUUCUCUCUUAUCUAUCGGCAAGAGUUGCGCUUUUGACACGCGUAUACAAAAUUAUAUAAUUUUAUAUUCUGUGCGUUGAAUGGCGCGAUGAUGUUGGAGCGAUAGCACUUGAAACUAAAAGAAGAAAAGAACUUGACGAUUAGACGAAAAGAAUUUGAGGAGUUGAGUUGUGCGGAACUCUGCUGUAAUGAUGAUUUGCAGUAUUUUCUUUUUCUGACUUUUCUUUUUUUUUUAUAUAUAUAUAUAUCAUACAGCUUCAUAGUUU